AUGAUUGAUACAAUAAAGGUCAGUGGAGCUUAUGUUGUUGAACCAGUAGAGGUGAUGCAAGCAAUUUUUGAUCAUUUUAAGAAGAAUUUUUCUAAGCAGUGGAGUAGUAGGCCUAGUAUUAGGGGUUAUUUCAGGAAGAUUGAUCAUAAACAAGCAGUGGAAUGUCUGAAAGAUGAGUUUUCAGAGGAAGAAGUGUUUAUGAUGGGGGACAUUAUGAACUUUAUGAAGGAGUUUAUAGUAAUGGCAGGCUGGGGAUUAAAUUUACUACUGUCAAGAGCUAAGGAAAAAGGGAUAUUCACGGGAGUGAAUGUGGGAGCAAAUGGGCUGAAUGUAUCUCACCUUCAAUAUGCGGAUGAUACUGUAAUAUUUUGUGAAACAGAAUGGUCUGAAAUCAUUGCGAUAAAAAGAAUAUUGAGGUGUUUUGAAGUGGUUUAUGGGUUAAGGCUUAAUUUCUAUAAAAGUGUUAUGUGUGGGAUAGGGGUGGAUAAGGAGUUGGUCUCAGAUUUUGCUACUGUGCUUAAUUGUUGUAGUCAGAAACUUCCUUUGAAGUAUCUUGGUCUCCCAUUGGGAGCCAACCCGCAUACGAGGCUGUGUUGGAAGCCUAUUAUUGAUAAUUUCAAGAGAAAUCUGACAGGCUGGAAAAGGAAAAUGUUAUCUUUUAUUGGCAAAUUUGUUCUCAUCAAGUCCAUUUUGUCUUCAUUACUUGUUUACUACAUGUGUCUGUUUAAGCUUCCAGAGUGUGUUGCCAAGGAGUUAGAUAGAUUACAAGCAAGUUUUUUGUGGGGGGAUUCUGAGGUAAAAAGAAAAAUACAUUUGGUUAAGUGGAGGGAGAUUAUUAUGAAUUUGAAGCAAGGGGAUGUAGGGAUCAGAGAUAUAAGGCUUGCAAAUCAAAGUUUACUGGUUAAAUGGUGGUGGCGAUUUGCUUUGGAGGAUGAUUCAUUGUAG